AUGGUUGACCAUGCCACCGGGAAUGCAAGUGUUAUGGAGCGCUACUUCCCGCUUCAGCACCUCCGCCCGGUCUCGUCAUGGGGAAUGAACAGUACUUCAGGGGAGCCCAGCACAUCGUGGAGUAUCGAAGGCAUCGAAAUCAAAUGGCUCGCUGAUUUACUAAUUCAUGAUCGGCUGAGCAAUAAAUCACUGCCUUAUGUACCGAUUCUGGGACUCAAUACCUGCACAUAUGCCAAUAUCGGUCUCUUGGCGCUCUACUGUAUCGCUAUCCCUUUGAAUGUAUUCUUUAUCGCUACCAUUUUGCCGGAACUCACCCGAAGAUGUGUGAUGAAAAGGGAGGAUGAAAAGAUCUGUAGAGGCGACGAGCUUAACCGACUAGACUGGCGCAUGAUGAAAUUCGAAACUUAUACUACAACUAUUGAAAGUUUGGUUGCAAAAAUUGUGCUGAUCGUAAUGCCAUUUGCACUGGCAGUGACGGUUUUCGAUCAUCGAGUGUUGGCAAUGGUACUGCCAAUGGAAAGCGCAAUGUUUUGCAGUAUAAUUCUAUACUACAUCUGUUCUACUACCAUACACAGGGUCGAAAGUAGCCCUGGUACUAUCAUCACGCAUACCAUGUCCAAUCUUUCAUCUGGUUCAUCAGUAGUAUAUCACACAACAACACAGCGAUCGAAUCUAUGCCGGCCAGUUUCACCACAUAAUCAUAUGCUGCGUGUAUCGCGAUCCUCAGUUAUUCGAAUCCAACCAGUUCCCGCGCAGUGUAUUCGCGACAUUUUCACAGCUUUGCUGAUCACCCGUACGCGCAUCCCCGGUAAGGUGAUUGCUGCUCAUGCCUUAGCGAAGCUGAAACAUCUCACUAAACAGAACAUGAUCUGCUCCGCUGAAAGGCUUUGUCUUCUCGUAUGUCCCUCCUUGCUGUCUGCCACACUCCUGAUGAUCACUUUAUUUCCAACUGAUCGCAAGGAUACCUUCGAGCCACGAUUCCCGAUGUCACUGAGCACGCUUUGUCUUCUCGUAUGUCCGUCCUUGCUGUCGGCCACACUCCUGAUGAUCACUUUAUUUCCAACUGAUCGCAAGGAUACCUUCGAGCCACGAUUUCCGAUGUCACUGAGCACAUCACUUCCUCGAGUGAUGUUGUUGACAGCAUUACUAGACUCAUUCUGGCGUGUGGCAUUCUUUUUUCAAUUACUAGAGAUCGACUUCGGCUUCAGGAUUGUUACUGGGAGUGAACUUGGAGACGAGAUUCUACAAAGAUUGCUGGAAACGCUGUUUGAGGCGUCGUCACGUCUGUCACGACUAUCGGCAGUGAUAUGCUGCAAUUCAGAUGCAGUUGUCGACUAUCAUUGUGAAACGAUGAGGUCGAUCCUCGCCGAUCAAAAGAAACGACGAACAAUGAUGAUUUCUGUACAUUGA